AUACACAAGAUCUAUCCCCACAGACGGGGAGCUGUCGGCCCAUUGCAUGGUCCUGGGGCUUUCUCUAGUAUGCUGUGGUAGUGUACUGAGUGACCCUAAUUAUACCAUGAUAGUACAAAAUGUACAGGCGAAUUAAGGAGAAGUUUAUUGUUUCACUAGCUGUGAUGUACCUUGAGUACUCAUCUAUUAUGUAAAAGGCUAAAUAAGUGAAAGUUCCGCACUCCCUGGAGCGCCCACCCUCCGCUAGUACAGCCACAGGUGGUCACAGGACCCAGAUCCGGGCAUUCCAGUCCAACUCCAGUCCUGUGUACAAGACCCAGUCAGAUAGCAACAUCUCAGACAGGAUGAAGGGUCUGUCACUCAAGGACAGGGUCAACAACAAGAGUCCACAGAAAGCUGGGCGGUCCUUCAUGAGUACUCUCGGGGGAGCGGGGAACGUUCACGUCAAGGCCCUCAAUGACGUGGCCAAUCUGCUGAAGAAUGAUGCCUGUAAGAAUGUGGUCGUAGUGGCCGGGGCCGGCAUCAGUACACCGAGUGGCAUCCCAGAUUUCAGGACUCCAGGCACAGGUCUAUAUGACAACCUGAAGCAGUAUAGGAUACCCUACCCAGAGGCCAUCUUUGAUAUUGAUUACUUCCAUCACAACCCAAAGCCAUUUUUCACAUUGGCUAAGGAGCUGUACCCAUCAGGGAAAUACCGCCCAAACUACAUCCACUACUUUGUCAGGCUGCUACACGACAAGGGCAUGCUACUCCGAAUGUACACCCAGAACAUUGACGGACUAGAGCGAUUGGCGGGAUUGCCGGCAGAUAAACUUGUGGAGGCGCAUGGGACUUUUGCCUCGGCAACCUGCACAAUUUGUGGUUAUUUACAUGAAGGGUCGAUGGUCAAGGAUCCUGUGUUCCAGGACAGGCUUCCUUUGUGUAAGAGACGGGGCUGUCCGGGAAUUGUGAAACCAGAUAUUGUGUUCUUUGGCGAGGAUUUACCACAACGAUUUUACUUCUACCUAAAGGAUAUGUUACAGGCCGAUCUAGUCAUUAUCAUGGGGACCUCUCUAGGGGUGCAGCCAUUUGCUGGUAUUGUGGAUACAGUUAGAUGGACAACCCCAAGAGUUCUGUUCAACAUGGAGGCUGUGGGGCCGUUCAGGAAUAGUAAACGUUCUAAGGAUGUAUUCGCUGAAGGUGACCUGAUCAAGAAUAUGCAGAACUUCACAGAGAUGGUGGGCUGGAAAACUGAUAUAGAAGACCUCAUCAUUAAGUCUGAGGGAGUUCUCAAAAUCUGUGACCAGGAGUAUUUGAAAAAUACUGCAAAGCGGAUGAUGGAAUUCAGGAGAAAAAAGCCACCAGCUCCAGUAAGAAACACGUUUUUCCGAGCAAGAGCUAUGGACUCUGAUUCAUCAUCGGAGACCGAAUCGGAUGACUCUAGUGAUUCUUCCUCGGACGAUGACCUCCCUCGUCGCAGAAGAAACAAAAACAUGGCAUGGAAUCGGACACGAAAACCAACAGAUUAUGGUAAAAAUGGCAUAUCUAACAGUAUUCAUAGCAAUGGAGCACGUCGUAACGGUGUUCCUGUUGACUUGAGAACUAAGAUAAAUAAUAACAACAAUAAUGAAGGAUCAAGAAACUACAGCACAGCAUCUGCCCCAAAUUCCACGAGAAUAGACAAAAACGUGGCUAACGGUGUCACGAACAGUAAGGUGCCAGCCAUUAUGAUGCGGAAAAAGGCUGGUACACCAACUGGCACAAGUUCAAAUCCCGGUAUAAAGUUAGAGAGUGAAACAGGAUCUGUUCCAAAUAGUACUGCAGGAGUCUCCAAGAAAAUGCAGGCCAGAAUUCGUAGGAAUACAACAAACAAAUUAUUUGGUACAAAAACUCCAACUGGCACAAGUUCUGGUUCAAAAACGCCAACAAAUUCAGGUUCAAAAACACCUGUCCAUUCCAAUAACAAUAAGGACAAGCGGCUACGACCUUUGACAGGUAGAGGUAAAUUUUCUCCAAAGCCUGGCGCAGAAAACAAUAACAAACUGACCAGUGAAAACACGAAGAGUGUCAAACAGGAAAAUUCUGAUGUAGAAGCAAAAGAAAACAAAGCGAUAGUGAAUGAUGGUAAGCCUCCUCGACCCAAAAAACCUCCAGUCACCAAGGAACUCAACUCUCUAAAUGCAAAGCCUUAUGGGUUUGCAACUCCACGGAAGCUUCCUGCUCGACCCACUGUGGCUUCCAAUGUUAUCGGGGGGCCAAAGCCUCAACCACCAAAUUUUUAUCAGGACAUUUUAUUAGGAAAGACAGAUACUCCCAAAAUAUCUUAUCGGCAUCGGUUACAGCCGUCUAAUACAUACGAUGCCCGUAUAUUCUCUUACAGAGGGGUGAUUUCAUCCUCCUCGGAGGCAGAAUCUGACAGUGACUCUUCAGACUCAAGGUGACACACCAGUAUUUAGUGGAUUGAAUUAAAAACUGACAAUUUCACAAGAGGAAUUAUAUAAUCCCUCACUCUCCCCUUCCCUCAUUGAAUGUUUUGUGCAUCAUGCAAAAAACAUAAGUAAAAGUUGUUCUGGUGUGAAGUUAACAUAGAUUCAAUAGCGAUGCCGCUUUAUGUUAAAUGUGACAGAAAUGUAUGUGCAGCAAUUUAAAGAGUGCUUCCUGACAAUGUAUGUUUUACCUCUACAGAACGCAUGUCUGAUAAUAAGCCAACCCAUGUGCUCUCAUUUUACAGAGGUUCUUUUGUUCAUGAAGAGUUAACCUUUGUGUGUUAUGAGCCCAGCACAAAUUUUACAACCUUUGUAAGGAUUAGGCCAUUUUGAGCUUAAAAUUGGUAAAAGUGUGACAAUAUAUUUACCUGAACUGCACAGGUAAAGACGACUAAACUUAUACAUGUUAUAUCGAUGGAUGUAUCGGAGAUCAGAACCAAACAGAAAUUAUCUGGUACUGAUGCUGACAUUUGUACGGGUACAAGUGUGAACAUAUAUAUACAGCUUUCAUGUCCUUUAGACAUUAUCUAGACAUCAUCUUAUCAUCAUCUAGUCAUAAUGUAGUGUUGGGGCAAAUGUUUGGCGAAGAUCACGUUCUUUUGAUUGUUUAUCUGUUUUUCUUAUGUUUUAGUAAGAUACCAAAUGUUGUACAAUUUCAAAAGGAAUCAUUCCUUAUUAAGAGUCUCAACCGUAUUUUGAAAAUGACAUUGUGUAUCAUUUAAACUGAAUGCUGCUUAAUCCAGUAACCUGUAUAAUCUGGACAUUCAAAUAAGAUUUAAUGCAUUGCUUUAGUAAUUGAAUCUGUGGAUCCAAAAACCUGUCUAUUAUGAACAGAUAUGUCGCUGUACUAUUUGGUUAUUUAAGAUGUAUAUAUGACAACUGAACUGGUUUUCUCCCAUCACUACAAUCUAGUAGACGUAGAUUGUGCGAUGUUAAAACACUGUCAGGCUGGGCUGGUUCUAAGUUUACUGUAUGGACAGCUUAGUCCUCUGUCCAUCACUCAGCCUGGUGAAGGAGUUGGGUGAUAUUUCUCUGAAAAUUAAAAGCUCAUUGUCAGUAUUAACUGAUCAUGUGACAGGUUUAGUUUCAUGUCAGCAUUGGUUUAAAGGUGUCUAGAUUGUAAGAUUGUCUUGAUCCUCAAUAUUUUGUUUUAAAAAUGUAGCCAUUGAAAGCUAAAUGAUACAUUACUAUUUUUACUAUAAUAUUCUUGAGCAUUUACCAUAUGUAUAAUAACCAUCACAUUGUUAUAACUACACCGAGUUUACAGUAAGUAUGUAUGACUGUUAAAAUCAUGUAGAAAUAUUGUUACUAUGUUGAUAGAUUUUAUCGUUGUUGUUUAUAUAUUUGAUGCCUCUGUGAUGUUUUAUCCGCCUUCCCUCCCUUUGUGCCAUUAUGUAAACAUAUCUGAUCAGAACUCGACUGCUACAUACUACCGUAACUUCUACCUACUGCUGUCAUGAUUGGUAUACUCCCCAAGGUUCACAUCCUAAUGAUUUGGAACACAAAGCUUCUGAUUGGUUCAAGCCACCAAAAUGUGAAACCUUAUCUGGAGAAUCCACAUCAUGAUUGGUAUACUCCCCAAGGUUCACAUCCUAAUGAUUUGGAACACAAAGCUUCUGAUUGGUUCAAGCCACCAAAAUGUGAAACCUUAUCUGGAGAAUCCACAUCAUGAUUGAAGCAUGUGUUUUAUAUUUUGCUUUGUUAAGUAGAAUAAAGCAUUAGAUAAUUUUUAAUUGUACAAACUUUUAUAGAAAGAAUUGAUCAUUAUAGACAAGUUAACUGCUAGGUAAGUGCAUUUAUAUGACCUUUGUGUACAGGUUAAAUAUAAUGUGAUGUAUACCAAGGCUAGUCUAAGGGUACAUGCAAGACAAUGACAGAAUGUGUAUGAAGUCCCUUUAACUCAUUCACCCCUAAAAUUUCGUAAUGGACUAUUCCAACCUUUGAAUUGGAAGAGUUCAAGUGUGUCUUCAUGGGUGAAUGAGUUAAGUGUGCAUUUAUAUAUAAAUUAGUGACCUCCAUUAGACAUUCAGCUAAACUUCCUGUUACUGUAUCGGCCAUAAUCUAUGUCUACCAUGAGUAUUUUAAGAACUGAUUUAUGUUGUUUUAUAACCCUUUCAUCCCUAUGUAACUUUAGUAGACUCUACUAUGCAUUAAUCUGGUAAAGUCCUUUAUGGUCUACAGUGGUGAAAGGGUUAAGUGUAGUAGUUUUUUUUACAAUUUUCUGUCAAAACAUAUAUUUAUGUUCCUUCAUUAUUUUGUUUUACAAAAUAUUGAAAAGUACUGUAACUCUUGGGUUAAAGCUCUGCCAGGCUUGAUCAAAAUCAAAUAUUAAAGUUCUGAUACAUGUAAUUAUACUUCUGUUCUUCAAAUUGCAUUUAUAAACAAUGCUCUGUAUAUUUUUCAGGAUUUGACAUUUCUUGCUACUUAGACUGUCAUCGACUGUGAUACCUUUAUAUGUGAUAAGUUACCAAGUUGUAAAAAGAUACUUCACUAUACUGGACCUCAUAAACACCCUAUUAAACUACCAGGUGAUUGAGUAUGGACCACCCAUGUAGGUACCGCUACAUAAUGACAUGAUUGUAAACAAUAUCUACCGGUAUAUGGAUGUGUAUGGUAACUGUUUAUUGUAAAUAAAUAGAACAGGGUUUCAAGGAACCUGUAAGUAACUUAGAUGUGGAAAGUGUCAAAGGGGGACAGAUGUGGAAAGGGGGUACACAUCACAAUAACAAACCACAUGGGAGGCAGGGAGGGAGGGAGGGGUGCACAAUACAAUAACAAUAUUGUCACAAUGGGGAAAUACAACAUUGGUAUAAGGAUUAACACUCGUUGACCUUCUCACUUAAGAUAAAUAUAUAUAUACAUAUAAAAAUACACCCAUUAAGUUUAAACUUUGUUAAUUGUUAUUUUAAGUGCUCCUUGCCAGUGUGGUAAAAUUAUAGAAGAUACAUACGUGUAUGAUCAUAAAGCACACUGUCCAUUAACUCACUACUCCCAUUCAACAUUGAUCCAUCUUAAAAGAAUUGUUAACCACUAACAAGUACUGAAAUUAGUUUAAAUUUACAAUUUUUGGAAUUUCGGUGAUUUGGCUGGAUAUAAUGUCUGUCUUUCACAACCUCUGUUGCAAAACUGGUUCCAGGACUUCGGCAGGAGGCAACAGUACAGAAGUACCAGUCCUGUGAAACCAACCUUCUGGUCCUAAAAAUCAGAAGUACUAGUCCUGUGAAACCAACCUUCUGGUCCUAAAAAA